AUGCUGACUUCACAAGAGAAUUUCGGGAAUAGAUUAGAUUAUUUAAAUACGUACAUAGAUUAUCAAUUACAAAUGUCUGAACAAAAUAUGGAAACGUUUAUAAAAACUCCAACCGAAAUUAUGAUAGAAGGGUUACAAGCACAAGUAAAAGAAUUACAAGAAAUAAUUUCUGAUGAAUCGAUAAUAGAAGUAUUAGAAAUGAAUAGAUUGAAAAGAGGAUUAAUUAAAUUGAUUAAAUAG